UCCGUCCCACUUCUCUACAGUCUCUCUUUCUCUCUCUCUAUCUUUCUCUCUCACACACAAACACACACAAACACAAACAUGGCGACUGAGGAGUCCAAUAAUCCACCGCCGGCACCUGCUGCAUCCUCUAUACCUCAGUACCCAGAGAUGAUUUUAGCAGCGAUCGAGGCUCUGAACGACAAGAACGGCUCGAACAAGUCGGCGAUCUCGAAGCACAUCGAGUCAACCCACGGCGAGCUCCCUCCGGCGCACACCACCCUUCUCGCUCACCAUUUGAACAGGAUGAAGCAGAGUGGUCAGCUCGUCAUGGUCAAGAACAACUACAUGAAGCCCGACCCCAAUGCCCCACCUAAGCGCGGCCGCGGCCGUCCCCCAAAGCCCAAGGCGCCGACUCCUCCAGGCGCAGUAAUUUCCCCGCCGAGGCCGAGGGGGCGUCCGCCGAAGCCCAGAGACCCACUUGCUCCUCCACCUCCGCCAAAGAAGUCAACGACCGGUGCAAGCGGGCGACCACGUGGAAGACCUCCAAAGAUGACGAAGAAGGCUGCUGCUACGCCAGUGUCGGCGCCGCCGAGUGGGUCGCGGAGGGGGAGAGGACGACCACCUAAGGUGAAGCCGGCAGUGGCUCCGGUUGGGUGUUGAUUGAAAACAAAAAGUUGGUUGUAGGGGUCAUAGAGCUAAUUGUUGUUUUUUUUUCUUUUUUUCUUUCCCUUUUUUUUAUGAAUUAGUCCUUUUGGUUUUUUUAUUUAUUUUUUUACUGUUGAGAGUUACCAUGGUGGGGUUGUGGAGCUAAGUUAUUGGAUGUAGCUUAGGGGAGGUUAAAAGUUUGUGACUGUAAUUGCAAUGUAAAUUUGAGCAGCGGCUUUGUAGGCUUUAUAGGCCCUUUUUUCUCUCUCUCUAGAAGUGGAAUAUUAUUGAAACUGAUUCUGAUUUGUA